AAUAAUUCCACUUCCCCCGGAACCCAGAUCAUCCCCGCGAUUUCCUGUUUAUUGCAUUAAGGCGCCGGGUUUCCGGGGCUCCUGGCCCCGCUUAUUCCGCGGGGGUCGGCGGGGUCGGCCUGGGCGCCCGCUCCGCCCGCCCCGCCGCUGCGCUUUGUCCGCUGGGCACCCCGCUUCUGGGAGGGGCGGGCAGACAUGGUGGCGGCCGCCGCCCCCUCCUCGGCCCUGGCGUGCCGCGGCCUCCUAGCGACUGCCCGACGGGCCCGUCCGGCGCGGCCGCCCCAGGGUAGCGAUGGGGUCGAGCUGAGGCAUCGGGGGUUCUGCAGGCGACUGGAGGUUGGCGGUGGGCGGGAGAGGGAGGAAGACAGGCGCGGCCAGGCCUCGGCCUCUGGGCGCCACAGUAUCCUUUGUCUGGGCAGCCUGACGGCCCCACCGGGCUCUCCGGAGAGGGUAACGAGCGACUGGGGCGGCCGGUUUUGGGCGCUCUGUGCUGCGGGGUCGAGAGGCGCUCGGGCCGGGACGGGAGCGGCCGGCCCGGACGGAGUUAACGGGAGAGCCAGGCCUGUCCCGCGCGGGGCCGCCGCUGCGACAGACUUGGCCGCGGGGCCUGGAGUCCUGAGGGGGAGAAGCCUGCGGUUCUGAAGGCUCGGGACUUCUGCCCCAAAGACUUCACCGCCGAGACUGCCGGGUGCACGGCCUCAGGGAAGAAGUUGAGAAUUUUGCCAGGUCAUCUCUGCCAGGGCACAGUUCAUCAGUGUGUGUUUAGUGUGUUUUGUUGAAGCUCUCCAACUGUGUUGAAUCAGCGUGCCUAACCUCAAGGGUGCAACGUGAAAACUGAAACCACCUUGGUUUGGAAUGAUACAGGCCUGCUUUGUGUGUGUCUUCCUACUUUAAGCUUGUUUUCAGUCCAGAUACUCUUGCUUUAAAUCUGAUUGGACUGUGGCGAGCAGACAUCUGUUCAAAGGAGGGGCAGAGACCACAGUGCUUCGGAAGGGGGCUUGAUAAUGUGGAAACAUUUUAAGUUUUUUCUCCGGACUGUUUUGCUCUCUCGAUUCAGGCAAGUUACUGAAGCAUAAUUUUUAUCUGGAAAAAGGUUUGAUGUAGUCUGUAAAUGGUCCUUGUAAAGUACAUGCCCUCCCAGAAUUAAAAGAUGCCCUCUCAUAUAUUAUGCAGAAGUUAGUGGACAGACAUUCUUUAUUGCAGAUAGUUUAUCUCAUGGAGAGACCCAGCCAACUUGGUUUAAAUCUUUUUCUCACUGACGUAUAACCAUCAGCUUUGAUAUUUCCAUUUCCAGGCUCAGACUUUGAAUUUAAGGAAACUAAAGAUGGCUUUUCUUUUCUUUUCUUUUUUUUUUUCUUCCAGGAAAAAAACCCUUUACAUGUUAACAUAGAUAUGUUAAGAGUGACAUCUUAAAUUUUUGCAAAUCUUUUUAAUGUCUGGUUCAAUAGUAAAUUCUCAAAUCUUCAGACUGUUGUGGUUAGCACAUCAUGUAACCUCUGGAACACUCCACUGUACACUCAUACUUAAAAAAAAAAAAAAAGUGUCAUUCUUACCCUGCUUUCACCAUGCACGUCAAAUCAGGAUGUUAUGCAAGACACAUUUUAAGAAGACGAAUAAGAUUGAUUCCCAUGCCUUUUUACUGGGCUCUAACUUUUUUAAAAGUUGGAAUUUAGGUGCCUAAACCAAAUCACGGAUAAGGAUUGCAUAAUCUGCGUAUGAUAUCGGAGACUCAGGAGCAUUUGAAAAUAUUCCUAAGUGAUUAAAAAUUUUAAUUCCAGUACAUAUUUGUAAUGAUUUACACAAGUAACGCGUGAAUUCCACAUUACAUAUGCUUGUGAACACUUGUGUAAAUGUUAUGUUUAAACAUAGAACAUGUUGAAAACUAUAGGAGGUACAGAUUUUUACAGGGAAUUAAUUCUGCAGUGAAUCCUUUGGUGAAAUCAAGAAUAGUUUGCGGAGACAUAACCCUUAAGAGUUCUUUGUCUCUGAAUCAUUCUGGCUUUUCUAGGUUGGGAGACAAUUAUUCUUAAUUGAUUAAUGUGUAAAAACUUAAGGCAAUACUUAGUGGUUUUGAAAGGAAGCUAAGUUUGUUUCCAGUUGUUUCUGUCAACUCUAGUCUGAAUCUGUCAGUGUGUAGUUCUCUACUGUUCAUCAACAGGAAGCAUCUGGUCAUUCUUUGUGUAAUUGUUAGAAAACACCAGGUGUAUUUUUAAUGUUUGCUAUUUUAAAUGAAAAUAGAUUGGAUCUUGGUUAAUUAUACUUGCUUGGUUUGGCUGGGCACCGUGGCUCACUUUGGGAGGCGGAGGCAGGCAGAUCACCUGAGGUCAGGAGUUCGAGACCAGCAUGGCUGGCAUGGUGAAACCGCGUGUCAUGAGGAAUUCAGAAGUUACAUGAAGUUUUGAAUCAUGAAUUUAUUUUUGAGGGUGCAUGAGGCAGUUACCCAGUCUCUCUUUGUAAGUAGCCUGAGUUCAAAUGAACUCACCGAUGGCCUCCAUCUCUUCUCUCUGACUUUAACUUUGCAAACAUUAAAAAAUGAACCCACACAAAAUCAUGACAUUCGGAGCCAGAGCAACUUAGUUUCCUUAGUGUCAUCUCUCCCGUCCUCUCCCCUCCCCAACUACUAUUAUGAUUUCCAGCUAGUAAUCACGAUGUUUCUAUAGCUCUGAUGUCUCCUUUGAGACAGCUAUAGUUAGUAUUACACCUUUCUGAAGAUGUUUGUUCCUUCAUGUUUUCUAGAAGGUAAAUCUAGCACUAGAUGAGAUGAGUAUUAGGGCCUGUGUUUUUUUCUGUGUGUUCGCAUCACAGUGCUCAAUACAGAGAAGAUGCUUUGAUGCGAUCAGCUGUCAGUUCAGUUGUUGGUGGCCUAGUGCACCUUUCUCUCUCUCCUUCCCUUUCCUCCUCCUCCCCUUUCUCUCUCCCUUCCCACCCUGGCUCUCCCCUGCCCCUUUUCUUUCUUUGACAGGGUCUUGCUUGCUCUGUUACCAAGGCUGAGUGCAGGGUACAAUUAUAUUUCACGGCAAGCUCCACCUUUCAGGUUCAAGCAAUCCUGCCUCUGCCUCAGCCUCUUGAGUAGCUGGAACUAUAGGUGUGUACCAACACAUCUGGCUAAUUUUUUAGUUUUUUUGUAAAGACAAGAUCUCACUAUGUUGCCCAGGCUGGUGUCAAACUCCUGGACUCAACUGAUCAACCACGGCCUCUCAAAUGUUGGGAUUACAGGCGUCAGCCACCAUAGCUGUCCGUGAAUAAUUCUUAUGUUGGUAGAACAGCUUAUUGAAAGAGCAAGGUUAGCCCCACUUUACUUUGUACUGGUUAUAUUAUACUUGGGGUAUUGGGAUGGCUUUUUGGGUAGCAUACUAUCAUAAGUGAGACCUUGCAUUCAUUCUCAGACUCUUUCAGAAUCAUCUGGAGAGCUAAUAAAAAAACACACAGAGGCUCAAGAUUAAGUAAGGUAGGAACAGACCUCUGUUUUUCUCAUUUCCAAGGUGGUGGACAUGUUUAAGUGUUGAAAUCACUUAUCUGUAGAGCAUAAACGUGAGAGAAAUUUGAAAUGAGAAAAAGUUGAAAAAAUAGGGUGUUUGACCUAAAGAAGUGAAGCUUCUUUUAAGAAGUAACAGCUACCUUUAAGGAUUUAGAGGUCUGUCACACAGAAGGAUCAGAUUUGCCUUGACCAGAAUGAACUAGGGUCAGUGGGUAGAAGUUUAAAAGGAGCAGAUUUCAGCUCUCUUCCAAGAGGUAUUUCCUCAAAACUGUGGAAAUAGAAUGGGUUGUUUUGGGUAGUAGUCUGUCCUACUCACUGACAAGUUGGGGAUUCUAGAGUAGAGGAAUUGUGCUGAAGGAGAAUUUGGGCCAGGUGUCUUCUACUUACCUAUAAACUUUAAGGUUUUAUUAAAUAUGCCGAGGUUUACAGGUGGAAGCACAAAAAGCUAAUUGAUUGAACCAAGCUGAUUAACUUAAUUGGAUAAUAGUUUUUGCCUUCUUGUAUAAAGAGAAAUGAGUGUUAAGUGAGAAGGCUAUUUCAAGAAGGGCUUUAAACCACACUAAUUUGGCAGACUCAGAGCCUUAAAAAUGGGCAUACCUUCUUGACGUGAAAAUUCCCUUUAAAGGCAUUUUUUUGAUGUAGUAAAGAUGUGUGUGAAGAUUUAGCUGUGAAUGUACCAACUGCUGUUUUGUAGAUAAUAAAAGCUGUGUAUUAAUGCCUUUAACCCCCACAGUAAUCAUAUAAAGUGGGUAGUACUAUUUUUGUUUUGCAGAAGAGAAAACAGGCAUAGAGAAAUUAGGUUGCUUGCUCAAGGUAGCUGAGUUAGUAAGUAUUAGGACCAGGCCUUGAAUCCAACCAGUGUGACUCCAGAGCCAGUACUCUUGAUCAUAAUGUGGUAAAACUGUAAACAACCUAAAUGUUUCACAGUGAUUGUUAGGGUCUAUCCCUACAGGGGGUACUGUCUACUCAGCCAUGAAAAUGAUGAAAGGAUAAUAUAAAGACAUGAGAGGAUGUCUUGGUAUACAUAAGUGAGAAAAAGUAGAUUUAAAAACAUGAUUUCAUUUUGGUAAAAAAAAAAAUAAUAUAUUGAUGUCUGGAAGGAUAUGUGCCAAAUUGUUAAAUGGUUAUUUCUGAAUAUAGUUUUAUAGAUGAUUAUUUUCUUUUUGCUUAUUCAGAUUUUCUAACUUCUGCAAUGAAUAUGAAUUAUUGUGUGUUGUAAUUAAGAUAUUAAGAUGUUAUUUUUCAAUAAAAAUAUUAGCAUAAGCUGAGAAAUUUGGGUUUAUUCUCUGCAUUUUAAGUAAGUUCGUGGAAAUUGUACAUAAAUGAAAAUUUGUAAAUGCAUGUAGUGUUUUGUAAUUUUUUGUUUGAUUCCUUAUUCUGGAAGUAAUGUCAAUUGAAUAGAGAAAUAUAUCACUGACUCCUACCACCUUACCAUAA